GCAAUCCGCGGAGUCGGUGAACUCGCGAGUACUGUGCGACGUGACGCGGUGCGCAGCGACAGGACAUCCACUUUACGCGUUUCCUGCUUUUCCUUUUCUUCUUUUCUCUUCUUCACUUCUCGAAGAGACGACGAGAUCGAGCGCGAGAGUAGUUACGAGGUGAGAACGCCGCACGUGGGGGUCGCCAUCGAGGAGCGAGCGCUCGGAUGUAUUUUGGAAAGAGAGAGAGAGAGAAACGGAGAGAAGCUUAUCAGUGAAGAAAGAAGGAGGGAAGAGCGGAGACCCAAGAGCGCGACUGGCCCUCCUUUGCAUCGCACCGUCCGUUUGUAGUCUUCCCCGUGGUGGUGGCUCGGAGUAACCUGAUCCUACGACGAUGCUGUUGAUCCUGCUCGUGCCUAUAAUCGGAUCCGCGGUGGCGUUUCCCCUACCAGACACGCUCGACAGCCGUCGAUCCGCCAUCCCCCAAGACCAAAAGACGCUUUUAGUAUCCACGGAGACACAUAGCACCGAGGCGCCGACGGAGCGCGAGAAUCCGAGUGAACCGCGAGAAAUGAUGGAGGAGAAGACCGAUAAGACGUUGUCUAAGACCCUAAAACGCGCGACUGAUCGUGCCGAAGCUUCUCCCGACUCAGAGACACGUGACGGCGAAGACGUCAGGAGGAAGCCGACGCAAGAACGGAGGCACAAGGCCAUGUUCGUGGAUUACCCUCUGAUACCGCGGAUCUACCCGAGAAUGCCGGCGUACGAGAUCAACGGCUACAACGACAACUCGGCGAUCACGGGAACGGAACAGUCGCCAGGUGGGUCCAAGAGGUACCACGAGAGCAACAUCUUCUACAUCCGACUGCCGCCUACACCUUACAUGUUCGUGCCCGGCCUCGGAUAUAUCUCGCAACCGCCCACGUACUCGACCGCCGCCGUCGCUGCCGCCGCUGCCGUUGGCCUGAAGCCCCAGGUGGUGCCAGUCGUGCCUCAGCUACCCCAACUACUUCAAGUCCCAGCACCCCACGCGAGACCAGCGGUGCGGCCAACUCAGCCGGUCGCUCCUCAGACUCAGACUGUUAAUCCCUUCAUCAAGUUGCCUAUAGACUUCGUGAGCAACGGCAAGCCCACCUCCGUCUACCAAUGGCAGAAGAAACCCAGCAAGAAGCCGGCCGACAGCCCAAUCACGAACCUGGACAACCUGUCAGCCAACUUCGUGAGCAACGGUAAGCCGACCUCCAUUUAUCAGUGGCAGGCGAAUCUCAAGCCGGCCAAGCGGCCGGACGGUUCGCUCAACAGCCUCGACAUGGGACCCUACAACUUCAACGGCAAGCCAACCAGUCUAUACCUGCUUGGACCGGACGGGUCUUCUGCGAUGCACCAGCCCAUACGACGGUCCGAUUAUCAGGACGAUUAUCGGAGCGAGUAUUACUGAGUUAUUCGCGCGCGAGUUCGCACCUAGCUGUACGCAUAUCCGCAGGUGAGAGCAGGUGGCCGAAGACGGAGGGCGGUGGGGGACGCAUGGCGAGAUAUGACGCGGGGUGAGGACGAAUAAUUCCGUGAGCUGUGAGAAUUCGGAGCGUGCUCCCAAAAGUUCUCCAAGUGUAAUCUCAUUCGAAAAUUUGCUGUAAGCGAUCUUGUUGUAGGGAAUUUUGUCAUUCCGAAACGUAAGAGUGAAUGUUUCAUACAGAGUGGAUUCUUAACCUAAGUUUCUUGAGUGAAUGUUUCGAUCAAUUAUAAUGAGUUGUCUCAGUGUGACGUGAAGUAUCAGAUUGAUUUUUUUCUUUAGCCUCGAAUGAAAAUAUUUACUUGGCGAUUCAGAAUGGAGAAUUCACUCUGUGAGUGAAAAGUGAUUCAAAUUCGAGUGACUCGGUUGAUAUUCUGUUUUACAUGUGAUGUUUUAUACGAAAAAAUUUAGAGAAUAUGCUCUGAAUUCAUAAAAUAUUCUCUGAAUUAUUUAGAACGAAAUCCCUUAUGAGUGAAAAUUUGUUUGAAACGAUAACGAAGACAUUGCUACUUGGAAUCGUAACAGUAAAUGUUUAACUUAAACUUAAAGUAUAUUCUUAGUCCAUAUGAGUAAAUUUCGAUUAGAGUGAUUCGUUUCAUUGAGGGACCGAGUAUACACACAGAAAAAUAUAUAUUGCAUUCAAAUAAAUAGUAUGUUUCAAAUAUUUCAUAAGUUUAUAUAUAUAUAUAUAUAUAUAUAUAUAUAUGCAAAUCUAUCAUAAAUUCAUUAAAUUCAAAGUAUCUUCUAAAUCUUGGCAAAUUUAGCACUUCAAUUGAAUUAAAAUCAAAAUUUGGUUUGCCUAUUGUAUAAAGUUAAACCAACUGUUUCUUUGAUAAAGUUUUACAACAUUCUUGUAAAAGGAAAAUAAAUUUUUUUUUUAAAUACGUGAUAAUAUAAGUUUCUCUAAAAUUUGUGAUGAGUACAUUUGAGUACGUUUUAAGAUUAUCGUUAGAAAUUAUCAUUUUUUAUUGAAAAUAACCAUUAAAAAGAACAAAAGUAAACUGAAUAAUCGAUUUCCUUAGCAGUAGUAUAAUAUUUUUUCUAUGUGUAUGUCAGAUUCAUUAUUUAAUUUUGAAGGAAAAUAUACAUCCAAUGAUUUAGAGUGCAGAAUUCAUUCUAUUCGAACGACAGAUCACUCCGAUUUGAAUCACUCGACUAUCACACUAUUUUUCGAGUGGAAAAAGUUUAAGGGAGGAAACACUUUUCGAUAAAAAAUAAGUUUCGUGAAUUUUUUUUACAAAAACUCAUUUGAAGUUUCAUGCAUAUAAUAUAAAAUAGAUUUAAAUUGUAUAUUAUAUAUAUAGUCGACUGACCACCAGCACGAGUUCUGAUUGGCUUUUGUUUUCUGCUUUUUGCUUUUCUGUUAAGUUAUGAAUGCGUCCAAAGAAAAUGCUCUUGAGGCUAAGCAAAUAAUUUGCUCUGUUUUGGGAAAAGUGCUGUGAUUUAUAUAAAAAAUGGUAAUAUCAAAAGCUUCAGAAUGGUAAUUUCGAUCUUUCCGAUUAAGAACAUCCUAGAGUACCAGAACAAAUUGAAGACAAGAAAUUGAAUCAGUUGUUAUAAGAAAAUCCUUGUCAAACAUAACAGGAGCUUGCCGAACAAUUUGGUAUCACCAAACAAACGACUUCCAAUGGUCGAUUUAGAAAGAAAGGCCACGAAUUAAUUUAAGGCCACACACUUAAUAGCUUGUUUAAAAUGUGGGAUUGUAAAAAUAUCGUUUAAAAAAAAACGCAUUUAAAAGUUUUGCGUGCAUGAUAAAGAUAAGUUUCGAGUACUUACGCGAGUUUUAUUCUAAUCAGCAAUUUUAGGCCCAUAUAGUAUUCCUUCAUGGAGCUCAUAUAGUAUUCCUUCAUGGAGCUCAUAGAACUCAUUUUGAUUCCCUUUCAUUCCAAGCAGCAGCUCGGGCCUCUUGGAAACCGUCGCUAGAUAACAAUCGACAAGCUCGAGAUAUAUCUACUCGAACUGCCUACAGAACUCGCUCCGUCACAUCAUGCGCGUUGAUUAAUCAAUCUUCUUUCGUUAAUAUCUCGAAAAUUCACAUAGUAGUUUAUAAAAUAGUAAUGGCUUCUUUAAUUAGUUCAGCAAGUUCUAUAUGUAUAUGACCAGUCGAACACUUAAAUUUAAAUACUCUGUAGAAUCACACAUACAAAAAAAUUCAGAAUCCUAAUAGAAAUAGAAUUUCAUUUUCAGAGAACACCUUUCCUUAAGAGGACUGGAGAGUCAGAUUGCCUGAAAAUCGUGCUUGUUUUUUCACAAUUUUUCAUGACAAACUGAAUGAAUAUGCGAAAGUGUUAUUUUGACGUGUAUUUAUACAACAUAUAAAGAG